CAGCAGCAGCAGCAGCCCUCUGACGCACCUGCUGUCCGCGCUCCUCCUGACAUGACGGCGCGGCGCCGGCAGCGCAGCAGCAGCAGCACGAUCAGCCGGACGCGUGGAGCCGAUCAGGACCAGAGGAGGAGCCUCCGGACGCGCUGCGGGCGCGGAGGCAGCAGCUCAGGGGAGGCCGGAUUGCAGUUUCUGGGGACGAGCUCCAAGGGCAGUGCGGCAGUCAGCAGGCAGACCGGGGGGGAGGAGGCUGCGGAGGUCUCUGGUCCUUCCCCCAGAGUCCCCACUGCGCUGGUGUCAUCCCUAAAACAUGAUGGUGCGUCGUUUUGCGUUUCAACUGCGCAGCUUCCCAUCUUUGCACUCCCGAUGAGCAUUUUAAGAGAGUAAUCUGCUCUUCAGGCAAGGGUGGAACCCGCCGGGGACUGAUGUGCAAACUGGCCAGGUACCAUUUGCUCCCUUCUCUGGUUUUGCUCAUUUUGCUGCUCCCCUGCACUAUGGGCUGUAUUCAGAGCAUCGCGUGCAAGCCCCGCAUCAGGCGGGAGAACAUCGUGGUAUACGAGGUGUCAGCCUCUAUCGAUCAGUGCCCUACUAUCAUCGAGGAGAACUCACCCAUUGUGCUCCGCUACAAGACGCCUUACUUCAGAGCCUCCGCCGGUGUUGUGAUGCCACCAGUGCCCCGUAACGAAACCUGGGUGGUGGGUUGGAUCCAGGCUUGUACCCAGAUGGAGUUCUACAACACUUACGGUGACAUUGGCAUGUCCAGUUGGGAACUACCAGAGCUCCGUGAAGGCUGUGUCAAGGCCAUCAGUGACUCGGAUGGUGUCAGCUAUCCCUGGUACGGCAACACCACUGAGACAGUCACACUGACCGGUCCUACAUCCAAACCAUCUCGCCUAACGGUCAGCAUGAAUGACAAUUUCUACCCCAGCGUGACCUGGGCAGUGCCCAUCAGCAAUAGCAACACACCCAUGCUGACCCACAUCACCAGAGACCAGAGCUUCAUCACCUGGUUGGUGGCCAUGAACUCUGUCACCAAGGAGCGUAUCGUGUUGCAGACGGUGCGGUGGCGGAUGCGGGUGGAUAUCACUGUUGACCCUGAUAUGCCUUUGGGCUCACGAGCCUCUCUGGUAGGUCGCCCGUACCAGGAGCAACCACACAUCCUCAACUACCAGGAGCCAAUUCCUCCUAACGCACUGGGGAGGCCCAAUGCCAAUGACGCCCAAGUGUUAAUGUGGAGGCCGCGGAGAGGAGCGCCGCUCGUGGUCAUACCGCCAAAAUAAUAGGCACAUUCAAAAAGUGCCUGUGUAGUGUCUACUCUUUUUUUCUGCAGAAAGAGAGAAAUGUAAUGUGACGUGAAGGUAUUGAAGCAAAGAAGCCUGUCGGAGAAACGAACCGAUGUUACCCUUCGAUCAACAUGGCACUGGCUCAUUGUCGUAGAAAGAUUUACUCUUAGCGGACCCGGAUAACAAGCCGGAGUGAAUGUUCCAUCUCGGCUCUGACACCACACGGUGCCAAGAUGAAAGUCUGCAAAGAACUGGUUUGUCCCAGAUAAAGUUUUGGACUGCU